AUGUCUUCCUCCAAGUUUAAUGAUCAGGGUCACUUCUUUUACAUGAAAAUUAACCCCGACAUGCAACUUUGCAUUGUUGUAUGGUUUGAAAGAAGGUGGUUGGUUACGGGUUUGCUACGUUGGUAUGGACAAGUUUCUCACCAUCAAAGUCCCGCCCCCGUGAAGCUUCCUCUCGACAUAAAACCUUCAAUUAUUGUUGAGGACGUUAUAGACCUUUGUGACCAUUCUUUAGAAGAAAAUCUAUUCAAUGAUAUUAAUGUUGUUCCACCCAGCAUGAAUUCUGAACUACUCGACCUUAUUCUAUAUCAAUCUGAUCUUGAUCCUAUCAAACAAGUUCUUUCACUAACCGAAUGUACUUCAGCUAAGAAUAACACUUCUAAUAAUAAUGAAAGUCAGACUUUUGGUUUCCCUAUAAAGUUACAACUUUUUGAAGAGCGAAUUCUUAAUCUAACUCUUUCCAAGAUUGAGGACAAAUUACAAGAUAAUGGUAGAUCACUUAAGGAGUAUGAUCAAAUGCCUCUCUUAACUAUUGAUGCUCUGGAUGGCAUAGAUGAUCCUCUAAUAAUGGAUGAGAUGAACUUUGAUUUAUCCCUUCUGAAGGAGGAGUUGGAGUAUAACUUACACAUCAUGAAUUUGGAGCAGCGUGAAGCAUUUGAUAAGGUGAUUAGUGUUGUGAAUGAUGAUGUUGGAGGCUUUUUUUUUGUAUAUGGAUAUGGUGGUACUGGAAAGGUGUACCUCUACAGGACAUUGUCAGCUGCUAUACGAAGUAGAGGUGAAAUUGUUUUAAAUGUGGCAUCCAGUGGGAUUGCAUCCUUAUUACUCCCCAAUGGCCGUACGAAUCAUUCAAGGUUUAAGAUACCACCUGAUCUAAAUGAAGACUCUGUGUGUUGUAUUAAGCAACGUACUUUGUUUGCUAAGUUGGUAUGUAAAGCGAAGCUUAUUAUAUGGGAUGAAGUACCAAUGUUGAAUAAGCUAUGUUAUGAAUCAUUGGACAAAUGCUUGUGGGAUAUUAUGAGAUAUGAGAAAUGUUAUAAUUCAAAUCUGCCUUUUAGUGGCAAGGUUAUUUUGUUAGGCGGUGAUUUUAGACAGAUUCUUCCAGUCAUACCUAUAGGCUCACGUCAAGACAUUGUACAGUCUUCGAUAAAUUCAUUAUAUCUCUGGGAAUUCUGCAUAGUUAUGAAGCUAACAACCAACAUGCGGCUUACUGUUGGAGCUAGCCACACUCAACUAAGACAGAUUUCACAAUUUGCUGAGUGGCUAUUGACUAUUAGUGAUGGUUUGCCAGGUGAUUCUUCUGAUGGAGAAAGCGAAGUUAACAUACCUGAAGACAUCAUUAUUCAAUACAACGAAGAUGGUUUCAAUUCUUUGGUUAAUUUUGUUUAUCCAAAUUUGUUGCUAAAUUUAAACAAUGGGUCGUACUUCGGAGACAGAACAAUACUUGCCCUUACACUUGAGAUUGUCAACGAUGUUAACAAGCACAUAAUGAAAUCUUUAAUUGGAGAGGAGAAGACCUACCUUAGCUUUGAUUCAUUUUGCGUAAAGGAAGGUAACAUGAAAUCUGAAUUAGAUACAAUCACUCCAGAUGUUCUUAAUGCUAUCAAUUGUUCAGGCUUGCCGCCUCACCUGUUGGCUCUUAAAGAAGGUGUACUAGUAAUGUUACUACGAAACAUUGAUCAAUCAAAUGGGCUAUACAAUGGCACAAGAUUACAGGUUUCAAAGGAGCCAUUAGUUGUUUCAUUUUCUAUGACUAUUAACAAGUCUCAGGAUCAAACUUUAACAACUGUGGAAUUGUACUUGUCGAAACCUGUUUUUACCCAUGGUAAACUAUGUGUUGCUCUGUCAAGAGUAAGAUCAAAAUCCGGUGUAAGGAUAUUAAUUGAGAAUAAUUCAUUCAAGACAAAAGGUACAAUCAUCAAUGUUGUUUAUAGAGAAGUAUUUAAGAACCUCGGUGACCGUGUAUACUUCUAA